CUAUGGCUGCUAGAUUCAACUAUCACACCUCUUCAUAACAGUCCAUCCACUCCUCCCACUCCUCCACAAAAUUCAAUCAGCAAGAAUAAUGGCCGCCGCUUCAGACAAUUCCGCUGUCAACAACCCGGCUCUGGGCCCGGACUCGGAUACUCCGGACAAUCCGGGUCACGAGUUCGCUCAGUUCGGAUCCGGGUGCUUCUGGGGAGCGGAGCUGAGGUUCCAGCGAGUGGUAGGGGUGGUGAAGACCGAGGUCGGGUACUCCCAGGGCCACGCGGACGAUCCCAAUUACAAAUUGGUGUGCACCGGAACCACGAACCACGCGGAGGUGGUUCGGGUCCAGUUUGACCCGGAAGUCUGCCCCUACAAGGAUCUGCUCUCUGUGUUUUGGGAUCGUCAUGAUCCAACGACGCUCAAUCGCCAGGGAGGAGAUGUUGGCGCACAAUACCGAUCCGGAAUCUACUACUACAACGAAAACCAGGCUCGGCUGGCCGAGGAAUCGAAGGAAGCUAAGCAGGCGGAGUUGAAGGAUAAGAAGGUGGUGACGGAGAUCCUCCCGGCAAAGAAAUUUUACAGGGCGGAGGAAUACCAUCAACAAUAUCUCGAAAAAGGAGGAGGUAAGGGCAACAAACAAUCUGCCGAGAAGGGUUGCACUGAUCCUAUCAGAUGCUACGGUUGAUAAGUUAUGCAUGCAUUUGAUGCCAUAUGAUUAAAAAUAUUCCUAUAUCGUAGUCACCAACGAUAACAUAUGGUGCGUUAAUAUCUGCCGUAGCUUAAAUAAAUGAUGUUCGGAGUGGAACUGAUAUUGUACGCAUGAAACACUGUCGCAUCUAAUAGUAUCAUGUGGCACUAAUGUACCCAUAUCGUUUAUGUACAUUUGGCGUCAUGUUUUUAUAUGUCGAAGCUUCUUUUGUACGA